UUCGGGUGCCGCGCCAGCCGUGAAACCAACUUAACUUCCUUCCACUUUUUGACACGAGACGCCAAUCGCUAUAACGAGAACACUGGAACCGUUCGUGAGAAGACAGUAGGUAAAACGUGGACUCGUGAGAGUUUAAUCCUCUGUCGAUAUUAACAAGACCAUUUUCUUCGCACAGAGAUGAAGCGUUUGGUAGGAGUGCUCAUGGCGCUUGCGUUUGUAAAAGGAUUAGAGGGGGAAAAGCCGUACAACGGGCAGUGCGCUGGUGAUCUCUGCUUUACUGUCCAUACUCAUAACACUGAUUUUAACUCAGCACAAAAGUCUUGUCAGAAAAGAGGAGGUUACUUAAUGUCUGUACGAACAACGGAAGCAAUGGAUAUCAUUUCAGAUCUGUUAACUGGAUGUACUGGAGAGUUCUGGAUCGGUUUAAGGUACAGUAACAAUUUCUGCGCUGACUCUUUGGUUGAUCUGAAAGGAUACACAUGGAUUAAUGGAGACAAUACAACUUACUUUACUAACUGGAAAAGCCAUAAACACGUCUGCUCUCAAAAAUGUGUAUCACUGUCCAAACAGGAUUCAAAAUGGACAGAGCGACUUUGUAAUGAUGCUAUUGAGGGAUAUUUGUGCGAGUACAAAAUCCCUGGUAAGUGCAAACGGCUAACAUCUGUUUCAGCAGUUCUGUAUGAAACUCCUUUAGGCUUUGCCAGAGAGGACCUUGGUGCAGUGCCUUAUAGCAGCAAUGCCACCAGCCAAAACCUAGGAACCAGAUUUAUUUGUUUGGAUGGAGAGUGGGUUCAAGCCCCUUGGAGUUGUGAAGUUUUUAAAGGUGGUUGUGAACAUAAUUGUUACAAGCUUAAUAACACAUUUAUUUGCACCUGCCCAUCUGGCUACAAACUUGACAGCAAUGCGGUGAGUUGUAGCAAGGUACACAAUGACCCAUGUAUACAUGCAGGUUGCUCACAUAUCUGUUUAUCAGAAGGAAAACAUUAUAACUGUCAUUGUCACCAAGGAUUUGAACUUGGAGAGGAUGGAAAGACCUGUCAGGAUAUUAAUGACUGUAAAAAUGACAGAUUAUGUCCAGAUGAAAAUUCCCACUGUGUGAACACUGCUGGUGGGUUUGAGUGCCAGUGUAAGAAUGGCUUUACAAAGGAAGAGAACACUUGUAAAGAUAUUGAUGAAUGUGUGUCUGCACCCUGUGAAUACUUCUGCAAUAACACCAGUGGCAGUUAUAAUUGUGAAUGUCCGGAAGGAUACAGAUUGUCCCUAGAAAACAGACACAAAUGUGUGCUUCACUGUCCAUACUGGAAAUGCCAAGCUGAGUGUGACUUUAACAAUCCAUAUCAAUGUGAAUGCCCACCUGGGUUUAUUUUGGAAGAAAAUUUACCAGAUUCUGUCUGUAUUGAUAUAGAUGAGUGUAGUAUGUCAUACUGUGACCAGCACUGCAAUAAUACUCCUGGUAGUUAUAUUUGUUCUUGUGAUGAAGGAUUUACUUUUAUUGCAGACACUACAUGUGUAAAGGAAUCAAGUACCACAACACAUGCAAACAUGUUUACACCUACAAGCAGGUCCCGCCCAACAAAGUCUGCUUCAUUCCUCUCAGAUGGAGGCCUUCUUGGAAUAACUGUGUGCAGUGUCAUUGGAAUUCUGCUGAUUGUCUGUUUUGUUCAUCACAACAUAAAGCGAUGUGCACACAAAAGUAUUAACGAAGAUAUGCAUGCUUUGCAGCAAGUCACCACUGAAAUAUACACAAAAAAACUGUCAAUUCCAAACAUUUAUUACAAAGAAAAAGAUCUUAGAUAAUAAAACUUAAUUUUUUGCAUGCUCAACAACAACACAUUAGGAUAAUAACAUUAUAUUGCUACAUUGGUUAGAUUUAAGUUACCUUUUUUCCAAUUUGUGUUUAGUAAUUAGUGUUAGUAUUAGGUGUUAGUUAUUUAGGAACAAAUAUGACUUUGCUACAAUCAUUGAGAGGUGCAACUAGAGACAAUACGUAUACUCUUAGCGGAAUUUUUAAAGGGACUUAAAACUCACUAAAAUAGCUCACUAAAAAACGCUAUCCAUGACUGCCACCUAGCAGAAUGCAAGAAUAGAAUUGCAUGAACUAACAAAAAAAAGUUCCAUAAGUUAGCCACCACACAACUACCAGACCCACACAAUCAAGCUCAAAUUUACUAAUGUUGUUAUUUGUAUUAAGUGGCUUAUGAUAUUAUGUAUACUGAAAAGUAAAACAUAUUAUAAUCAGUGUUUCUUGUUUAACAAUAUUGAAACAUUUUAGAGGUUAUUGUUAAUUAUUGUUACUAUUUUAUGUCUUUAUUGGAAGAAGUAAAAGUUUUAAGAAAUGUCUCCCUGGUGGGUGGUUGGAAGUUGCUAUCUCACUGCGAUCUCACUGUAUAACUCAUCCCCACUGUGCCGGGACAUCAUUGCUCACUGAGUUAAUACCAGGACUAUUAGGACAGACUCAUGAAGCAUGAUCUGUCACUCUGUUUAUGUCAUUGCACAUCUCUGGACAUUUAAUGCCAAGACACUUUUGUAAUUUUUCUAUUAUAUUACAUAUUGCAUAUAUUUAUUCCUAUCAACAUUGUACUGCAAUACUUACUUAAUAUUACCUAUACACCUUUAGCCUAUUUAAUUAAUAAUUUUUAACUGAGUCUUUUAUUUACUUAAUACUUUUUCUAUUGUACCUUGAGCUGUUGUAAUAAAGUGAUCUAUCUAUCUAUCUAUCUAUCUAUCUAUCUAUCUAUCUAUCUAUCUAUCUAUCCAUCCAUCCAUCCAUCCAUCCAUCCAUCCAUCCAUCCAUCCAUCCAUCCAUCCAUCCAUCCAUCCAUCCAUCCAUCCAUCCAUACAUUAAAAUUACCCAUCUAAUUUGCUGUUAAACAGCUCUGGCUCAUUAAUACACAAAUU